AUAAUUUCGCACAUUUUUGAAUGAAAAAUGGCCCAGGCUAGCUCUAUGAAAUUGUUGGGCUCUCGCAACAUGAGUUGCAUAGUGGAGCGAAUGGAAUGGAAUAAUAAAAUGGAUCUCAUUGCGUAUGGCACCGAAAAAGGCGAGGUAAUCAUACAACGUUUAAAUUGGCAAAAGAUUGUGACAUUUCCCACGCCUGGCGAAGAUGUGCGCGUGCGUUCCCUGAGCUGGCAAAUGGACGAAACUCUAUUAGCCGUUGGCUAUAGCAAUGGCAAGGUAGCUCUGCUCGAUGCGGAGAGCGAGACUAUCAUAUCGGGUUUGAUUUACGAGGAUGACAUCAAGAAGGUAUACUUUAGCAAGGCCAUAACAUGCAAGGAUAAUUUGUGGAGCUACAAAUGCCAUUCGCGGGACCGGCACAAACGUUUCCUGCCAAAGCUACAACCAUUGACAAAUAUUGACCCCUGCCUGAAGACACUCGAUCAGAAAUCAUUUCCCAAGGGCUCACCUUGCUUUCUGGUCGUGAUUAUGCGCAGUGGCAAAGUCCAUUUACUGCUGUUGGGCGCUUUGCAGGCAGGCAGCAUUGAUCUCACCCAGCAUGUGAUGCAUCCGGAACAAUUUGAUGUGUACGAUGUGCGUUUAAAUGGGGAUUUUAAUGCCAUUUACGCGCUGCUCCGCGAUGGUGAACAGCUGAAGGUGCUACAUUUUCACAAUCAGGUGCUGCAGGACAGCAUGGAACCUAUGCUGGAAUUGGCCACAUAUUGUGCGCACAUACUCGAAACGAAGAACUACAUAAACGAUACCCUACAGUGCAUAACAGAGGCCUGGGAAACGGUGCAAUUUGAAAUGGACAACAAAUUGACAAAGUAUGCCAAUUCUCAGGCAUAUGGCAUGAUUUCGGCACAUUUUAUGGAGCUGCACGUUUUCGGAUUUGCCACACUCGAUUUCGAGGAAUUUCUGUAUGACACCCUGACGGAGAAAGGUUUCAAGAAAAUAGCCAACUCUGUGGAUCUAAGUCUAAGCAACCUGCAGAGCCUGGUCUUUAAGCAGCUAAAUGGCGCCGCAGUUCAUAUGUUCUACUUUAUGAACACGAUUUUGGGAUUCGGACGCAUCGCUCACUAUUUUGAGUCCUUAAUUGUGCCGGAGGUGGCAAACGAUGCGAUGCGCGCAUGUGGCACAUUCCUCAUGAAAGUCCGCGAAAUGCAGCGCCAAAUUGAUUCUCUAGUCAAUGCCAUGAAACUCUUCCACUCCUGGAUGGUAUUCACAAUACUUCGGCUGUCACAUCAGGAAAUACCUGAUGAUAUGGUAUUCACCGAAGAGGAGAAUGCACGACUGAUUGAAUUCUUUCAUUGCAUGGAACCGGACUCCAGCGACCAGGAAACGCCGCCCGCUAAUGAUGGGGAAAAUGGUUCCACUAUCAAGGUUACUCGCAGCAAAUUUAACUUGGAACGCGUUGGUCAGUAUCUGGAGAAUGUCAAUUUGACACAGCCCGAGGAAACUGAAUGUUCGACGCUGUGGGAUCAAAUACUUCAGGAAAAUGAAUGCUUAAGAAAUUCUCGAUUGGUGGUGCCACAGGAUAUAGAUUCAUCGCUGAUACAACAACGUGAGAAAAUGUUCAAUGCCAUCGAUGAAGUAUUCCAUAAGCCGACCGAAAGCAUAAGCGGCAGCUUUAAGCUCAGCUCGUGCGUAAUUAUCGGAGACUUACCGGAAUUUGCCGAUGAGAACGAUGAUUUCGUUCACUGUACCUAUUAUGUGAACGAGAGCAGCGAUCCGGAUGCCAAAUGUGAUAUGCUGGCCGUCACAGUGAGCUGGCAGGAGGUUGUCGUCCUAGAAUUCAAUCCCGAACGUUGCACAUUGCGUUGCACAAGAAUUCAAUUGCAGCCAGGACCAUUUACAAUUCAAUUACAUGAGGACUAUUACAAUUUGCGCUUCGUUGAUUUGCAAUUCUAUAAUGAACAGUCGCUGUCGAUGUUGGCACAGACAACGACGCCCACGCCUGGGGUGCGUCCUCACAGCUAUUUUGUGCAAUUCUCGCUGUCCUCAUCACGCAAUCAGAGCACAUUUCAUCGCCUCGGACCGCUCGUCAAGCUGAUGGAUACCACACUGACGCACAGCAUUCACAACAAUCCCGAGGGGGUAUCUUUUAAGGGUCUGGAUGGCGUUUGCGAAAUGUUGGCCGUUUCGGGCAGUCGAAAAGUAGCCACCGUUCUCUCCGAUCGCAAGCGUAAAAUGACAAUUUUCGAAAUGGAAAACAACGAUGAUGAAGAUGAUGAUACAGAAAUGUCACAGGCGUCGUUCCUCGAAAUUAGCAAAGAGUCUGUAAUGGCCGGCGAUACAGAGAAGAGCGAAUCCAUAUAAUGUAUUUUAAAACCAGGACUUUAAACUGCAAACAUGUGACUUAAUACGUUGAAAGGGACUUUACUGCUAGAUAAUACCUUUAGAAUAUGUGUUCCCACUCAUGAGUCUUCAAAAUGGGAAAAAUUGGC